GGCUGCCGCCUCACCUCGGUCAACGCGACCUCCUGGGGCCCGCUACCUCGGCCAGCUGGACGGCGAGGCCACGCUGGCGCUGGCGGUUCAGGAGCACCACCGGCUGGAGGGCGCCAUCGCGACGCAGCAGCGGGCGACGAGGGACGCUGGCUGGCGCGGCCUAUGGAGCGCAGCCACACCCUCCACGACGACGACGACAGGCACGCAGGGAGGAGUGGCCGUCCUCGUGCCCCUGCAUGUGCAGAUCACUGCGCCGCCUGCGCGUGACUCUGCGAGGUUGGUGCAAGGGCUCCUGGAGGCAGCGCACGUUCGGGCGGGGCCCCCUGGUGGGGUCGUGGACAUCAGUGCGUACCUGCACGAUGCGGUCGGCCUGGCGACGGACAACCUGGCCAUCAUAUGGCAGCUGGCCCAGUACAUUGGCGACCUGGAAGCGCACGGGCACCACUGGGUCGCGAUGGGUGACUGGAACAUGGAGCCCGAGACCUUGGACUUCGGCUGGCUUCAGAAGCUCAACGGUGCGGUGGUCUCGCCCCUUGAGCCCUCCUGUCGCCAGGGCGCUCGGUCGAUCCUGGACUACUUCCUGGUGUCCAAGAGCACGUGGAGCUCGGUUGCCCCGCAGGCCGAGUUGGGCCUCAGCGCCAGCACUUGGCCUGGGUGCGCGCGCUAUUCUUGGAGGUGGAGCGAGGUGCUGGCCAACGUCCGCGCGGUGAAGGACAGCGUGGGGCUGCAGGUGAUUUUGCUCGAAAGCAUCGAGACGGAGGCGGCUGCUGCUGCUGCUUGGGCCAGGCACGUGUCGGAGGUACACGCCCUGUUGGCGAAGGAGAUCGAGGAGCCCUGCGCAGCGGCGGCGCCUGGCCUGCUGCACAAGCGGCGGCGGCGGCGGCCCCGCCGCAUUCGCAACUUCGUGGUGGACCUGCGCAGCUUCCUGGCAAAAGUGGCGAAGAGCGGCCAUUGGGUGCACUUGCCGUCGAGGGUGCGGCAGCCUUUUCAGCGUGGCGACGAGGUGUUCACCGCCCCUGGCUGGGACCAGGAGUUGCAGAGAAUCAUCGACGAGGGCGCCCGCAGGGAGAAGGCCCACGUGGCGGCCGCCCGGGCACGCUGGCGGGAGUGGGCGCGUGACGCCUUCGAUUGGGGUGCAGGCCUCACCUGCAUGGAGCGCCCCCCUGCAGCGCACACCUGGGGCCCCCUGCCCGACUGGAAGGUGCACGCGCUGCGGGGCGUCAUCCGCUCUUUCCUGGCGUGGGGCAAUCGGGCGGGGUUCCAUAAGUGCGAGGAGAUGAUGGCGUGGCCAGACAGCAGGUUGCUCAUCACCAAGGUCCGCCUGGCCAAGCCCGGGGGAGGGCGGGCUAGCUCGGACUCGGCCUGCGAGCUCAGCCUGUCCAAGGAGCAGGCGGCGCUGCGGGUCUGGGACUCAUCCCAGGCGGCGCUCGACCUCUGGAAGGCGUGCGAGAUGGUCGACCCUGCGGCGCAGCUGCGGGAGGCGGGGGCUUUGGGCUUCCCUCUGCGCCUCACCUGGAUGCUGCUGUCGUCGCGCAGGCAGGCGCGCAGCCUCGCGGCCUUCAACUCCCUCUCGCGGUUCGUCUUCGCCUGGCAGGGGGACAUCGCAGGGUGCGGGCACGCUAAUUCGCUGCUGAUAAUCCUCACCAUGCGGGCGCUCCCGCGGGCCCAUGCCAAUGCGCCCGCGGUCACGCCGAGAGGCCUCGUCGACGACGUCGCGCUCGACUGGAACGGACCCAAGGCGGAGAAGGGGGGCGACUUGGUGAUGGCCCUCGCCAACCUCUCGGAUAGCAUGAAGGAGCUGCGCCUGGUCCUCCAGUCCAAGAAGUCGGGCUAUCUGGCGUCCUCAAAGCAGCGCGCCAGCGCCUCGGCAACGCCUGGCGAUUCUGCGACGCGCCGCGGGACUGCGGGCGGAGGCUCUGGCCGCCACGGGGCUCUCCCGUCGGCUGCCCACGGCGCGGGGGUAGCCGGCUUGGCGGACAAGCCCCUGGCCCAGCUCCGCGCGCUGGCGGCGGUCACGGCGGGGGCCAAGCCGGGCUGGGGCACGGCAGCCGUCAUGCUGCUGCAGGAGCGCGUCGACUUCGACCUCAUCUUUGCGGCCGCCGUCCCCCUUGUGCUUCGCCUCCCGACGUGGGUCUGGGAAAGCAAGGGGACCCUGGCCCAGCUGCUGGCGAGCUGGGUGCAGCUCGAGCAGUGCGCAGGGCGAGGCGGGCUGACGCGGGCCACUGCCAAGGGCCCCCUCGGCGCCACCUGGCUCUCUCUGCAGCGUGUCGGGUGGGGCAUGGCGCCCGCCUGGGUCCUGCGCUGUGACCGAGGCGAGCUGCUUUCGCUGCUCCGCGUUCCGCCGCGAGACAUCAAAGGCUCCCUGACGAAGGGCAUCCAGCGCCGGCAGUGCAGGCGCCUGGUCGCCCACCUGCCUGAGAGCCAAGGCGAGCAGCGAUGCCCAAGGGCGGCGAGGGCCAUCGCCACCAAGAAGCGCUCCGCCACCGAGAAAGGGGCGCUGCAAGCUCUCUGGGCGGGGGGCCACUACACCAGCGUCUGGAGGUGCGCCCACCACUUCAUGGACACUGAGGACUGCCAGGCGUGCGGCGCCCCUCGCGACACGCCGCGGCAUCGCUGGCGCGCGUGCCCCGAGGUCAGGAGGUCGCGAGAAGCGGAGCUCGAGCAGGAGGAGCUCUUCCGCAAGCCCCUCGAGGCCGUGAGGAAGCAGCUGGAGGAGGCGGAGCGGCUGUAA